CUCUAGCGAGGUGUUACUAUCUGUGGGGGCAUUGUUAAAAAGUCAUUUUGGAAGGAAAGCAAAGCAAACUGUGCUUAUUUUAUUAUUUGUUAUUGGCAUUUCCUUCAACUGCAGUUUUAUAAAUAGUCAAAAUUCCACGCAAGAAUACACCGGACUGAUGUUUGUCAAUCCCGUGUGAAAAUAACAAACAUGGGAUUUGAAAUCAAAAGAUUUCAAGGUGACGUUGAUGAAGAACUCAUUUGUCCUAUUUGUUCAGGAGUUCUAGAGGAUCCACUUCAGGCUCCUGCUUGUGAACACGCGUUUUGUCGUGCCUGCAUAACUGAGUGGAUCAGUCGCCAGCCCACCUGCCCCGUAGACCGACAGGCAGUCACCGCGAGCCAGCUCAGACCAGUUCCCAGAAUACUACGUAAUUUAUUAUCAAGAUUGUGUACGAGUUGUGACAAUGCACCCCAUGGGUGCAAUGCUGUAUUGAAACUGGAUUCUCUUGCAUCCCAUUUAGUUGAAUGUGAAUACAAUCCUAAAAGGCCAAUGCCAUGUGAAGCAGGAUGUGGACUAGUGAUACCGAAAGACGAACUGGCAGAACACAAUUGCGUCCGUGAGCUAAGGGCCCUUAUUGCAACGCACCAAGGAAAACUAAAUGACUAUGAACAAGAGUUAGCGGAACAGAGACUUGUCAUAAAUGAACAUAAACGGGAACUGGCAUUAUUAAAAGAAUUUAUGCGUGCGAUGCGUCUAUCAAAUCCGUCUAUGCGAGCGCUUGCCGACCAAAUGGAGCGAGAGGAAGUGGUGCGCUGGGCGAAUUCACUGUCACGCGCGAGAGUCACGCGUUGGGGCGGAAUGAUCUCCACUCCAGAUGACGUGUUACAGAUGAUGAUCAAGCGAAGUUUAUCAGAAUCUGGCUGCCCGCCUCAUAUAAUAGACGAUCUAAUGGAAAACUGCCAUGAACGACGGUGGCCUCCGGGCCUCUCAUCACUUGAAACCAGACAAAAUAAUAGGAGAUUAUAUGAAAAAUAUGUUUGUAAAAGAGUACCCGGGAAACAAGCAGUGCUCGUGUUACACUGUGACAACACUCACGUGGACGAGCAUAUGAUGGUGGAGCCCGGCCUCGUCAUGAUCUUCGCGCACGGCAUCGAGUAGCAGACGGUCCCAUGCUGUUGGUGUUCAUAUGACGUUGUAUGCUCUCAAAUGUGUGGACGUUGUGACUUGAAUGCGGAGGCAUUAGGAAGAGUUAUAUGAUUAGAAUUUAGGGAAUAACUUUAAGUCGGUAGAAAUACUAACGAGCCUACUUUGAGCGCUAAACAUACAAAGUGUGUUCCUACUACAAUGCCCUAAAAGGGAUCGACGUACACAACCUGUACAUUUAAAUUCAUCCGUCCUCUCAGUGCCUCCGCAGACUAGUACACGCAUUGUCAGGGUCGCCACACUCGAAAUAUUACACUCGCGGCAAAGACGAGCCGACCUGGAUCUCUGAGCGACCACGACAAACAACUCUGCCAAUAUGAAUCCUAGUUCUAGAGUAAAACACAACUAGUAGCAAAAUUAUAAAUGGCCUCUGGCCAGCCAUAAAGUAUGUUGGCAUUUUAAAAACUUAUUUUCUGGCAACUGUAAGACCAAUGAUUACUGUACAAUAUUAUACAAAUCAUAUUUGAUAAUGUAUGUAGAGAAAUAUUUUUAGGUAUGAACUAUGAGAGUUUCUAGACUUUCUAGUAUAACAUUGGAUUGAAGACAUUCCUAAUAGAAAAGAAAUGAUUAAAAUUAUUUAAUAAAUGUUUAUAAGUUGAUUCAAUGUUAUGGAAUUCAAAAUUUAAAGUAUUAAUUAAUUUUAGUUUUUAUAAGUUUUUUUUUUAUAUUAAAUUAGUGAUUGAAUGCUGUGUUAUGUUACAAAUAGUGUCAUUGUUUAUAAAAUAAUAUCUUAAUUUUAUACCGAGUACACAAUGAACCAUCAAAAGGGACCAUAAAUAUAAUUUGUUAGCAUUACCUUGUAAUUUUCUUUGAACAGGUUCAAAUUAAAAAUUUACCUACUCUUCAAAGAUCCUUUUCCGUGUACAUUUUCAACAUACAACUUCGAUAUUAUUACUUUAUUCCUAAUAUUUUCCGUUAUGUUGUUAUAAUUGGUGUCCUUUAUCAUGUAUUUAGCUCAAUUUUUAUUAAAUAUACUUACUGAUCACUAAUUGAAAA